UUUUAAAAAUGGCGAUGAUAUGUUUUGACGAUUGCUUGAAAGGUUAUGUUUUAGAUUGUGAAUGUCCAGUUCGCAAAGUUAAGCGGGUUGACCCUUAAUUUUGUUUUGAAUCUGUUCGUGGAAAUCUAUUCGUCAAAGAAAUAUACGAUGGCACAAAGCAGACUAGAAAAAAUUGGCACUAUAUAUACCAGAAUUGCUUCAUUAUUAAAAGGUAAAGCUAUAAAAGAGGAAGACGCACCAUUGUGGUUGGUAGUGUAUGAAGCUUUUCCCCCGAAAUACGAACCAAGAUUCGACAGACGAUUGCCAAAGAAGCCAGUUACACCUAUCUUUUAUAAAGAGGAUCUUAUUCGAUCAAGAUUUCAUAAAGAUCAGAAAUUUAUACCAACUACUAAUUUGGCAAACGAAAAUGUAAAAUCUGCAACGCAGAAUUUUCUGUCCAUAUACCAAACGAUACAAAAGGAAGAACUAUUAGAAGAUAAAACAUACGAGCGGGCGAUGGAGCAGUACGUUUCUGAAAUGGAAAUAAAAAUGGAGUUAAGAAAAGAGAAUGAAUCAAGUUCUGAUUCAUCUAGAAGCUCUAGUGCCUAG